AUGUCGCUUGUGGUCGCACUCCGUCAAAUAAGACACACAUUUCUCAGAGAAAUAUCAAACAGAAAACAAAAAAACAACACAACCAUAUACAUUUUACUUGCAAACUGUUAAUAACAUUUGGACAACCAUGAGUGAGAAAAAGGAGAGCGAUAAAAAUUACAACGAAAAGAAACAGGAUGAGACAACAACAUCAUCGAAUUCUGAUGACAGCGACAACAACGAAGAAGAUAAAAGUACAAUGGAUGUUAUUCGUCGUUUUUUUUCACAGACUUUAAACUUGGGCUCGAGCACAUCACCAGACGACGAAGUUGCUGUCGAUAAAGUAAUGCCGGAGUUGACAUUCGAGGGCCUAAUAAGGCAUUGGCGCGAGCACGGAUUCAAGAACAUCGUGACCAUGGUGGGUGCUGGUAUUUCUACCUCUGCUGGCAUCCCGGACUUUCGUUCCCCGGGCACCGGUUUGUAUAACAACCUGAAGAAGUACAAGCUGCCGGAUCCAACAGCCAUCUUUGAUGUGGACUAUUUCCAGAAGAAUCCGACUCCAUUCUUUGCCCUGGCUAAGGAACUUUAUCCGGGCUCUUUUGAGCCGACUCCAGCACAUUAUUUUGUGCGCCUGUUGCACGACAAGGGAUUGUUGCAACGUCACUACACGCAAAACAUCGAUACAUUGGAUCGCUUGGCUGGUCUGCCCGAUGACAAGAUCAUCGAGGCCCAUGGUAGCUUCUAUACCAAUCACUGCUUAAAGUGCAAGCGGGCAUAUGAUAUGGCUUGGAUGAAGGAGCAGAUCUUCUCCGACAAAUUGCCACGUUGCGAGUGUAAGGGUUUGGUCAAGCCGGACAUUGUGUUCUUUGGAGAGAAUUUGCCGUCCUCUUUCUACACCAGUCCCGAUGAGGACUUCAAGGAUUGCGAUGUGCUCAUCAUUAUGGGCACUUCACUGGAGGUGAUGCCGUUUGCUUCGCUCAUCCAGCGCGCAGGUCCGCGCUGUGUGCGGUUGUUGAUCAAUCGCGAUGCUGUGGGACGCUCGAGCUUUGCCCCCUGGAUGGAUCCUGCCGAGAAGCGAUCACUGUUGUAUGGCAAGGCCAAGAAUGUACGCGAUGUGGCGUAUUUGGGAGAUUGCGAUGCUGGCGUCUUGGCCUUGGCCGAAGCCUUGGGCUGGGACAAAGAGUUGCAGCAGCUCAUCGAUGCUGGACAGCAACUCCCGGAUGAUGAGGAGGAGGAGAAGGAGAAAGAGGCUGCUUCACCAAUGAGUUCGAAGCAAUAGAUGACUGGGUAUACUAUAAAAGAUAAGCGUGGGUUUUAACAGGGGAUAGAUUUAAAUUAGGCAAAUGUUAUGCGUGCAAUAUGGAAUGAAUUUUUUGAACGAUUACAUGACUAAUUGUAGGAUAAUGAAUGCGUGGAUGAGUACAGAUAUGUAUAUUUACUACACAUAUAUAUAUUUUAAUAUUCAUAUAUAUAUGUACAUAUAUAUAGAUGUUUAUAAAUGUUUUAUCUUGACCGUUAA